UCAUUUAGUCAUGUUUAUAGCGGUGGAAGAGACCAAUGUUUAUACUUGACAGACUUGGCAACAAGGGAGAGUGUUUUGCUGUGCACUAAGGACCAUCCAAUUCAGCAAUUAGCUUUGCAAGAUGAUAGUAUAUGGGUUGCAACUACAGACUCCUCUUUAGAGAGAUGGCCUGCCGAAGUACAGAGUCCUCAAAAGGUCUUUCAACGAGGUGGCUCUUUUUUGGCUGGGAAUUUGUCUUUUAAUAGGGCGAGGGUGUCGUUGGAAGGACUAAAUCCAGCCCCUGCCUACAAGGAGCCGUCAAUAACUGUUACAGGAACUCACCCGAUUGUGCAACAUGUGAUUUUGAAUAAUAAAAGGCAAAUUGUAACCAAGGACGCAGCUGGCUCAGUGAAACUAUGGGAUAUCACUAGGGGUGUUGUGGUACAGGACUACGGAAAGAUUUCAUUUGAAGAGAAGAAAGAAGAAUUGUUUGAGAUGGUAAGCAUUCCAUCAUGGUUUACUGUGGAUACAAAACUUGGAUGCUUAUCUGUACAUUUGGAGACUCCACAAUGCUUCUCUGCUGAGAUGUAUUCAGCAGACCUUAAAGUUUCUGGGAGACCUGAAGAUGAUAAGAUUAAUCUAGCUCGUGAAACACUGAAAGGCCUGAUGGGUCACUGGCUGGCAAAGAAGAAGCACAAACCAAAACCCCAAGUUCUUGCAUCUGGAGAUACUUUAUCUGUAAAAGAUACCAAAAAAAAUCUAAGUGCAUCAAAAACUGAAGACAGUAGUGUUGCAAGUGAUCCGGUGUAUCCUCCGUUCGAGUUUUCUUCUGUCUCUCCUCCUUCCAUCAUAACCGAGGGUUCUCAAGGAGGACCAUGGAGGAAGAAGAUAACCGAGUUUACUGGAACUGAAGAUGAGAAGGACUUCCCAUUGUGGUGCUUGGACGCUGUCUUGAACAAUCGCCUUCCACCUAGAGAAAAUACAAAAUUAAGCUUCUUCCUACAUCCAUGUGAAGGCUCAACUGUGCAGGUGGUUACACUAGGGAAACUUAGUGCACCCCGGAUCUUAAGAGUUCACAAGGUUACCAAUUACGUUGUGGAAAAGAUGGUCCUGGACAAUCCGUUGGAUAGUCUAGCUAUUGAUGCAGCAAGUGCUUCAGGAGGACAACCUCAGUCACUGUUUGCAGGAAAUGGAUUGCUACAGUCUGGUUUAAAGCCUUGGCAGAAACUUAGACCUUCCAUCGAAAUCUUAUGCAAUAACCAGGUCUUAUCUCCAGAUAUGAGUUUAGCAACUGUACGGGCAUAUAUAUGGAAGAAAAAUGAGGAUCUAAUUCUCAAUUACAGAGUGGCUAUAGCUAGAUAACUUUUGAGAUUUGGGAUCUGUCUGGUGGUGCAUCUAAUCACAUGGAAGUCUAUAGCUUUUCAUUGCUUGUUCCUCGAAAAGCAUAAAUCUUGGUUUAUCUUGGCCUAGUGUUUACUCAGCUUCAUGCUGGAGAAUAAUACUGUUUCUAUGGAGCUCGGAUACAUGAGAAGUGAGCACCAAUAAAAGGUCUUAAGAUUAUAGGUGAGAUGGUGUCGAAAGCUUUACUGAAUUUGUACAUUAGGUUUGAGCUUUGGAAAACAAAAACUAUUUUUGAUUGUUUCCUAAAAUAAUAAUAAACCAAUGUUGUAUCUAAAAUCCAUCAUCCACUGUGGAAUCAACAUUCCCAGAAGAAAGUUCUUAGGAGCUCCGUGAUGUUUUCUCAUCAGA